GGAAACUUUUGGUUGGAAACAGAUAAAAUCACUUCUCAAGGGCUUCAAGUUGCUUAGAAUUUUAGAUGUCGAAAGAAUGGAUAUCAAAGGAGAGAACGGGAUGUUGCCGAGAGACGUAGGAAACCUGUUUCACUUGAGAUAUUUAAAUAUAAACAAUUCUUCUAUUCGAAGCGUGCCUUCUUCUAUAGGCAACUUGAGAUUCCUCCAAACCCUAGAUCUAAGGACAGAUGCAGAUCUAGAAAUACCCAAUGUCCUGUGGAGGUUGGAACAAUUGAGACAUCUAUAUCUUCCUGGUGAUAUCCAGUUGACUGGUACAAGUAAGUUACGAUUGGAUGGUUUGAGCAAAUUGGAGACACUAGAAGCCUUUGAUACAAAGUUUUGUGAUGUCAGAUACUUUCCCAAAUUGACAAAUCUUCGAAAAGUUGAAAUUGGUUGGGUAUCCCCCGAAGACUUGGUGGUGAUCCUUAAAUCUCCAAUCCUCCUCAAUAAUUCAAACAGCCUUGUUCUACCAUCUUCAUCCAUCAAGAUUGAUGGAGAUUUCCGAACAGAAGAAGAACAAAGCCUUUUCAGGCAACUUUUAGGAUGCCACAAUCUUCGCAAAUUUUAUUUAUGGGGAUCCCUGAAUGUGGUUAAUAAAUUGCUAGACCAAUUCCAUCCAAAUCUCACCAACUUAUUCUUGGCGAAAACUAAACUAGAGGAAGACCCAAUGCCAACAUUAGAGAAGUUGCCCAACUUAAGGAGUCUCUCCUUAUAUCACGAUGCCUACAUUGGAAAGGAGAUGGUUUGUUCUUCUGCACCACUAACAACAACAGCGCCAUCCAGCAGCAGUGGUGGAGGACGAGGGGGCUAUGGCGGCUGUGAUGGUGGAGGUUUUCCAAAACUCAUAUCUUUAGAGCUCUGCAAUAUUGAAAACUUGGAGGAUUGGAGGGUGGAACAAGGAGCCAUGCCCUGUCUCUUCCGUUUACUAAUUUUCGGAUGCAAAAAAUUGAAGGAGAUUCCGGAUGGAUUGAGGUUCAUUACCACCCUCCAAGAAUUGGAUGUUCGAUUCGCAUCUUUUGCACUCAAUGACAGGGUUCGAGAAGGAGGAGAGGACUUCUACAAAGUUAAGCACGUGCCUUCCAUCAUAUUAGGAUAAGAAUUGACGAUUGAUCUUUCUCGCAUCUUCAUACAUUUACAUCAGAUUGAUGAAGCUUGGAGUUUGGAUGAGUGGAUGUUGCAUAUGUAGCAGCUGUUGCUAUUUACUAUGGAUUUCUUGGACUGUUUAAUUGUAUAAUUUAGAUGAUUGGCUGGAUUCUCUUGGACUUAAUUUGGAUGAGUGUGUACUGUUAAUUUCUUUUUAUUCAUGUUGGACUUAAUUUGGAUGGUUAUUUGUAUGUUUGAUUUCUUUUUAAAUUUCUUGUUACUCUCUGGUGA